AUGGCAGAAGCAGUUUUGAUUGAUCUCUUUGGUUUGAAGUUAACCUGUCAGGAAAACUUCCAUGAGACAUUAUUGAAGACAUUGAAUGUCAUCCAAUACCACCUUGCUGCCAAGGCCAAAUUUCUUUGCAUAAUGGAUUGCAGGAAAAUGAGCUGUGAAAGGGAUGGUGAACAUGAUAAUUGUGAACUGGAAACAAGCAAUGGAUUGUUAACUCUUAUGAGAGAAUUUGAGAUUGUUAGAAAUCCCAGCAUGGCUGCCUCUUUGUAUACCAUUAAACAAAAAAUAGAUGAAAAACAUCUGAGCAGCAUUAAGGUAAUUGUACCUGCACACAGGAAAACCUUAAUGAAGGCUUUUAUUGAUCGUCUCUUCACUGAGGUUUACAAUUUUGAGUUUGAAGAUUUACAUGUGACUUUGAGGGAUGGCCUUUUGAAACAGUCCACUGAGAUAAACACAAUCACAGCUCAUGAACUAGAAGAAAUCCAGAGUGAAAUAGAAACAUAUUUGAGAAGUCUGCCAGCACUGAAAGGAGAAUUAACUAUUAUCACAUCUCCUUUGAUCCCAGAUAUUUUCAUACAUGGAUUUACUACAAGAACAGGUGGGAUAUCUUAUAUACCAACUCUUAGUUCCUUCAAUCUCUUCAGUAGUUCCAAACGAAGAGAUCCCAAGGUGGUUGUUCAAGAAAAUCUACGUAGGUUGGCAAAUACUGCAGGAUUUAAUGUGGAAAAAUUUUAUCAAAUAAAGACUGAUCAUGCCAAUGAAGUCUGGAUUAUGGGAAGGAAGGAGCCUGAAUCUUUUGAUGGAAUAACUUCGAACCAGAGAGGAGUCACAAUAGCAGCUCCUGGUGCUGACUGCAUACCUAUAGUUUUCGCAGAUCCUGUCAAAAAAGCAUGUGGGGUUGCUCACUCUGGCUGGAAAGGUACUUUAUUAGGAGUUGCUAUGGCUACAGUGAAUGCUAUGAUAGCAGAAUAUGGCUGUAGCUUAGAAGACAUUAUUGUUGUACUGGGACCUUCAGUAGGACCUUGCUGUUUUACUCUUCCCAGGGAAUCAGCAAACGCAUUUCAUAAUCUUCAUCCUGAGUGCGUACGACUUUUUAACUCACCCAGACCCCAUAUUGACAUCCGUAAAGCCACCAGGAUUCUUCUAGAACAAGGAGGAAUUCUUCCACAGAAUAUUCACGACCUGAACCAGGAUCUCAACCUUUGUACAUCUUGCCAUCCUGACAAAUUUUUCUCCCAUGUCCGAGAUGGCCUUAAUUUUGGCACACAGAUUGGCUUCAUAUCAAUUAGAGAAUGAGACAUUUGACUGGAUUUUUUAAUGACUUCCUGUGUCCUUCCAAACUGAAUGCAAGAGAAAAACUACUAUUUGAUUUAUGUAAAACCAAGAGGAUUACAAUGGAUAAUUCAUCUUUAGGGUACAUUUUCUCUUUUAUUACCAAAGCCAAAUGAUUUUCACUGAACUUUAUUGCUAACUGCAGUGACUUGGGAAGCUGAGA